CAAGCAUGGCGGACUCCGAGGUGCUGCUCCGGCGGGUUGCGAGCCGCUCCUCUUGGCAGCGGGUCCGCAAGGCCCGGCCCCACCUCCUCCUCAGCCGUCGGGGCCGUCGCCGAUUUGGGAUCCUGACACGGGGCGAGCUGCGGCGCCUGCGACGGCGGCUGCUGCGGGCUCACGCACUGGGCGGGGACUGGAAGCUGGGUGUCCCCGGGGGCCCGCACGUGGCGGGAAAGUGCAAAGUCCGGACCCGCAGCCGGCCCACGCCCCGCAGCCGGCCCGCGCUUGGCAGCCCGCCCAGGUCCCGAAGCCAGCUCAGGCCCCGCAGCCAGCCCGAGGCCCGCAGCUUCGCCGACUACCGUUUCCGAACGCUGUCGAACGUCCCCCCACUCACGCAAACGCUGUCGCCCAAAGUCUCCCAGUCCAUUCGGGAGCUGGGCUCGGGCCGUGUUUUGUUGCUGCUGCCGCUCUGGGAGGGUUUUACUUUUAGUGGGAUCUGCCGCGUGACUUGCAUCUAUGGCCGGGUGGAAAUAUAUGGCCAUGUCAUCAAACAAGGCCAGCCUCCCCAAGAUGUCUUUUCUGCCUACACCCAUUCUUUCCUGACCAUAAAUGGGCUUCAGCACUCAGAUCCUGAGAAAAGUGAAAAGAAGAUCAAAAGGGAGAUCCGGGCCUUGCUCAAGCCUCACACGAAACUGGACGACAGAAAGUGGGCACUAAAGCAUUUCCCUCCUCUGGGCUCAAUUCUCGUGCUGGAGCGGCUGAGGACCCCUAUCGUGGAGUUCUUGCGCUUCUAUAAGUGUGCGUCUUAUGUCUUCUUGCAGGAGAAUCCUCCUUCGAAGAUAUACUCUGAGUAUGAAACUUUGAAGGCAAUUGGCAUCAAAAGACAGAGGAGGAAGAAAGGCAUUUGCUUGAGUGAGAGUGGGCUCUAUGCCCUAAAAGAGUUAGUCAGCGUGUCCUGCGAUGGCUGCCCUGUCAUCCUGUUGUGUGGUGCUUGUGACAUUGGAAAAUCAACGUUCAAUCGAAUACUGAUUAACCACUUACUAAACAGCAUCCCCUCGGUUGACUACCUGGAGUGCGAUCUGGGGCAGACGGAGUUCACGCCUCCUGGCUGCAUUGCUUUACUGACCAUCACAGAACCACUUCUGGGGCCACCAUACACCCACCCGAGGAGGCCACAGAAGAUGGUGUACUACGGGAAGAUGAACUGCCACAGUGACUAUGAGAAUUACAUUGAGAUCGUCAAAUACGUGCUGAGAGAUUACAAGAGAGAGUCCCCCCUUAUCAUCAACACGAUGGGCUGGGUAACGGAUGAUGGGCUGCUGCUGAUUGUGGACCUGAUCCGACUGCUGUGUCCCAACUACGUCGUUCAGCUGUCUUCUGGUCGGGGUAAAAAAAUGCCGGGCCUCACUCCUGAAUACAUAGAUUUUACAGAUGGCCUGUAUACAAAAAGCAAGAUCAGAAGGAGAUACCGAGGUUUUGAAAUACCAGAAUGUGGAGACAGUUUGGAAUUUACUGAUGAAGAGAAGGACUCUAGUCCAGUUGCAGUCUUCACUGGACAUAAACUGUUAUCUGUUCACUCAGAAUUUUUAUGUAGUAAAAAUGAAAAAAAUAGGGCCAAAUACAACAAGAUUUUCCGAGAUCUGGCAGUGUUAGGCUACCUCAGCCAGCUGAGACCUCCAGGGCCAGCGCCACUUGGUCUUUUGCACAGCCUGACACCCUACCAGGUGCCCUUCAGUGCGGUCGCCAUCCGGGUCACUCAUGCCGAUGUUGCCCCUACCCACAUCUUAUAUGCUGUGAACGCAAACUGGGUUGGCCUUUGCAAGAUUGUGGAUGAUAUGAAAGGAUACACACGGGGUCCCAUCCUGCUUGCCCAGAACCCCAUUUGUGACUGUUUGGGCUUUGGUAUCUGCAGAGGCAUUGACAUGGACCAGCAGCUCUAUCACAUCCUCACCCCUUUGCCCCCCGAAGAGUUAAAAACUGUGAACUGUCUGCUAGUUGGCGCCAUUUCCAUUCCACACUGUAUUUUCAAGAACCAGCCUGGGCCCGAAGGGACAAUUCCUUACAUCACCACCAAUUAUAAUUUUAAACUUCCUGGAGCAUCAGAGAAAAUUGGAGAAAGAGAGUAUAAAAAUGCAUUGGUUGGGUAUAGAUACUAUCGAAGAAAAUAAAGCCUUGAUACAGAGAAAGACUUUCUACCUGGACACAUUGUCCCCAAGCCUCCAGUCAGCAGACUUAAUGGGGCUUUGUGGCUGUGGACAUCAUGCUCAUGUCCAUUGUUCCUGUUAUGGGAAGAUGUGCUACGCUGAAAAUAGUUCAUGCCCCUCCAUUUUUCCCCUCUAAGGAGGGUCUCAUGUAGCUCAGACUGGCCUCAAACUCUGGGUCCUCGUGGCUUCAUCAUCAGAGUGCAGCGUUACAGGUCUGAGUCACCACACAGGCCUUCAGACUUUUCUCUUAGGCUGUUUGAUCUCAGACUUAGCCCUGGACCUCCUUACAACUGGUCAGCCUGCAGAGCUAUCCAGCAGUGAGGAAAGUUAGCAUCGUCGUGAGAACAGGAAGAGUCUCGGAAUUCUCCAAUGAUCGUGGAAUAGGGAUCAAAUUAAGGAAAUGGGGCCACAAAAAUGUGCCAAGAACAAGGCAGCAGGCUGACCCACAGGUUCUCGGGCACAGUGCACAGCUGCCUGGGAUGAGAGUGAGGCUUAGAGCCACGUGGACCCUACAAAUCAGGUGAGGUGAUUCAAAUGCCAGAUCCUUUGCCAUCGGAUCUUUCAAUUGUGUAGUCGGGUAAUAUUUGGUCUGUUAAAUUCUGGGUCUUUUUAAAUCAUGAAAGUUUGCGUUGAAGACGUGCUCUGACAUUGGGGAAGCCUCCAGGCAGUUCCUUAAGGCCGGGUAUGCUCUGACUGACUCCUCCGGACUGACUCCUUCAAAGAGGCUAGAGAUACUGCCGUGGGGCCCAUUGGGCUAUAAACAGACACAGUUGUGCCUGGCUUGGGCAAACCUUUGCUGCUAGCACUUUCUUCAGGGACCUAAGCCCACUGCAGCUGGACUCUAAUGAGGAGUGACUGGUCAGUCAUUUUGUGGUUGCAGAACACAGAGGAACUUGUCAAGCUGGAUGUGUCAGUACUCUACCUUCCAACAGGAUCAUGUCCAAAGACCAAGGCAGUGGAAGGUUUAAUGUCUGUUCACUUGCGCUGUUGAUGAUCUCCAUCUUGUCUGUAGCCCUGUCACCCUGAGUGUGCCCAGUCUUGUCUGCUUGGCCCCAUCUUUGUGGCACUUUGUGGUGGCCUUAGUGUCUGAAAACCUUAUUAGGGGAUAGCACUGCAGCUGCCUGGUUCAUCUGAGUCCCUCUAGACCACGUAAGGAUUCACAGACUAGCUGUCUUUUAUCUGUGUCUAACAUUAGCUUGUGUUGAGUCUUUGUUUGUGGGGCGGGGCCUCUUACCAUGCUGCCCAAGCAGGAUUCUGAGGGCUGCAUCGAUCCUCCUGCCUCUGUUCCCUGAGGGCUCAGAUCUCAGAUCUCAGCCUUGCCAAGAACUUUUAAGACAGUCUUCCUCCAUGGCUCUUCUGCUUGUGUGCCCAGAUCUUCUUGAAUAAUAAUAAUAAUCUUCACAAUAAUAAAGAUCCUGUGAUACAGGGUUCACACUUGCUUUUUUUUUGAGACAGGGUUUCUCUGUUUUGGCUUGGCUGUCCUGGACUUGAUUUGUAGACCAGGCUGGCCUUGAACUCACAGAGCUCUGUCUGCCUCUGCCUCCCUAAGUGCUGGGAUUACAGGUGCCACUGUGCCAGGCGUUUGUGGUUUUUUUCUUUUUGAAAGGUGCGGUUUUAGCUUUUGCAUGCUGACCUUCACGAGUCAGUCCUCACCAGUAAGGACCUGGGGCAGCAGUAGAGGGAGCUGUGGGCACUGAUCUGGUGGCCUUGAGCAGACGCGGCUGCAACAGGACUCCUGGAGGGAGUCUGUAGAGCCUGGCUUUAGGAGACCUGCAGCAAAGCGUGUCCGUGUGAUCAGAUCACAGGCUCAGGGCAUUUGGGGCAAGGAGGAGAUUUGGCUCUGCCAUUGUUCUGGGUUUUUCUGUUUUGAGACAGUAUCUUGCUAUGAACAGGCUGGCCUCAAGAUUCAUGCACAAUCCUGCUUCAGUUUCCCAAGUGCUGGCAUCACAUCGCGUUUCAUGUACGUGAUUUCUCUUUAGAUGGUCUCGUCCAUUGCAGUCUUAAACUGUGGUUCAUGUGUAUGCUUGUUUUAAGAGCACUGCAGAACUGUGCUACAACACACCCCACGUUGCCAGUUUCUGUGGAUCCUAAGAAUCACUUUCUUGGAGUUAUUUCCUCUUCUGGGAAGAAGGAAAUUAACAUCCUUAAGUGGUCACUGGAAAUUCAAGACCCAAGAAAGUGGAAGUAUAGAGGCUGUGGGAACAGGCCUGGUGCCUUGGAUUGACUACUUUUCCAGAGUCUGGGAAGAGAUGAGUGGAAUAAAUGAGGCCAGGAUGAGGGCAGCUGCGGCCCUCUGACGUGGGCUUCCAGCCUGAUCCAUGGUGUGGAAGUCAGAUGAUGUAGGUAAAGGACCAUGUCUCUGUCCUAGAUCCGUAGGUGUGAGAGGUGCAGCUGGAGGGGCCCAGGGCUUUGCAGUGAACACCUAAGCCCAUCCCCCCUCCUGCCUGUGGGUCUCUUUUUCCUUCACUCUCCCGCCCCAUAGCAUCUCAUUCUUUGCCCAGUGGCCUGAACUCACUAAUAAUAGGACGGUGCUGUGUCCUCUGCUUCAGCUUCCCCAGGGCUGGGAUUCCAGCUGGGAACCUCUUUUGGCCUGGUCUUGAUUUUCUGUCCCUUCAGAUUGGACGGCAGCAUAGUGGACAAAGACAUCCUGAUAUAAUGUUGGAGCUGAGUGUGAACCAUACUGUACCACUGAGGAGGAGGUCUAGCCAGGGUCAGGCAGGUGUCAAGGUUUUGUCCCUCUAGAAGGCUGGGAAUGGUGUCCACAUUAAGUGUCUGGACACACCCAGCCCCGUACCUGGCAGGCACGCCCUGUUUAGUGCUGCAGCCAUGUGUCUGCCUGUGGAAAUGGCAGUGCCGCGGCCACCACUGAUAAACCACAUCCUAAAAAGCCCCUACGUCCUACAUACUGCUUUUAAAAUUGUCUGUGGCCCCCAAGUACCCACUGCAAAGGUGGCACUGUGAAUUCUGUGCGCGCCCACCUGACUCUGUGAGUUUCUAAAAUCAUUUCCCACUGUGUGCGGUUUCUAGCCAUCGCUCUCGUUUGCUAUGAACUUGAUCAUUAAAAUUUUUGGAAACAUUU